AAGAUCAGUUUGUGUGAAAUUGCGAUGCAUGCAUAAACAACAAACGAUUUUAAUUUUUUCAUUUAAAGUUCAUUUUAAAUUAAUUUAGUUCUAGGAAUGGAGGAUAGUGAGUUUGAUAUUUACGAUGACUUGGAUGUUUUCGAAAAUAAUGAGAAGCAAAAGGAAAAAAGUGCCGAUUAUUUGGAGCUGCAUAAGAAAUUUCGGGAAGCCGAAGAAGAGAUUCGCCGAUUACAAGAGGAAAAUGAGAGUUUGAAAGAACAAAUAGCUACUCAUCAGAAAAUUGAGGGCCGACUCGAACGAAAUGGUUCUAGUUUGUUAGUUACCGCCAAAGCGGAAAUCAAACGAAAAGAUGAUGAAAUCCAUCAUCUGCGUAAAGAGAAAGAUAAUAUCAUUUUUCGGCGUAAACACAAUAUGCAGAGAAAUCUGCAAACACGAAGUUCAGCUACACAAUCUCAAAUCACAUGUAAACCAUUCAUACCGUAUGAAUUAGUAGAAAUUGAUUUGGAUGCGAGAGAUAAAUCGAUGGAGCGAAGCCAUCGACGUAAUGACAAUCAAAGGAGCAAUCCAUUUGCAUCGAAAUCAAACAAUGACAAUUGCAAUGAAAACAAAGUGAAUCCAAAAAGCAGGGAGAUUUGUGUAGACAAAAAUCAUCGACAACAAUUUCGUGAUGAUUACAGUACACGCGGAAAACACAGUAAUCAACGAAGCAGAAACGAUGAACGACGCGAACAAUUGAAUGUUGAACGCCCAAAACGUAGACGGUCACGGAGCUUGUCGAAGGAACGAAAAAGAGCACGUCGAAGUCGAAGUCGAAGUCGAAGUCGAAGCCAUGCUGAAAGACGACUUCGUCGACGAAAUGAACGAAAUUCACCGGACAAAGGGACAAGGAAUCAGCAUUUGCGAACAAAGCGGGAAAAAAGUAAGAGUCAAAGUCCAAAACGAUCGACAAGUCCACAUGAGAAUGAUGAAAAACGGCAAUGCAAACAAAAGCUUGAUGAAAAUGCAACGAAACAAAAUUCAUCGAGACAAAAAUCGGAUGUGGAAAGUCAACCCAAAGAAAAUGAAAUGCCAACGAAAUGUGUCAUUUCGGAUGAAAAGGUGAAAAGUGUCAAAACCGAAAUUGAAAUUACACCACCGGUGUAUUCCACGUUGAGUCAUGAUGCCUUAGAAGAAGGAGAAAUCGAAGAAGACCAUGAUAGUAAGGGUGACACUACGGAUUGUAUUGUUCUAGAACAAAACCCAAGUUUACAGUUCACAUCUGAUAUCGAUGCUGCAUCACAUGAAAUUAAAACAGAGUUGACAGCCGCUCAAAGUGGUAUGAGUGAAAGUGAGAAAUUGUCAGAGAAUAAGUCAAUCUCAUCUACGGAUUUAAAUUCGGAAAGUCAAAUGGAAACGAUGCUAGAAGAAAAUAUCAAAAACGAUGAUCCGCCUCAAUCAUCACAUGAAAUUGAUACCAAUUCAGCUACUGUUAAGACUGAAAGUAUUGAUGUGGUCAAAAAUACAAAGGUUGAAAUCGAACCAAUUCGAAAGACUGAAGAUAUAGAAAUGAAAGGGCUAGAUAAUACAGAGCCAAAAAGAAUAGAAAACCCUCUAGUGCAUGAAAAUGAUUUGAUCGAUAAGACACCGCCAAAUCAAGAGAGAAACGAUGAAAAUAGCGUACCGAAUUUGCAAGAUAUUAGAAUCGAAGGAGUAAAAAAUGUAACAAAUUGCGAUGAAGCGCUUGCAGUUAACAACGAAAACACAGCAACUCUCAACUCUCCACCUUCGAAAAACAUCACAAAAUUAAACGAACAUGAUGAAAAUACCAAACAAAGUGAAACCAAUUCAAAUGGACAAAGUUUCACCGAUGCAAUGUACCACGAAUUGCUAAAUACUUCCGGCAAUAAAUCGGUUAAGAAUAUUUCGACCAGCUCAAAGGACUAUCUUAUUGUGGAAAAUGAGAAUAAUGAAACGGAUAUUUAUGUGACGCGAAAAAAGAAGAAAAAGAAGAAGAAGAGCCUCACGAAGGCGUAGCUGGAGCCAUUGAAGGACAAAACAAAUCAUUGUUAAAUAAUGCAUUAAUAACCAAAUUGUUUUUAUUUUUUUUUAAUAUACCAAAAAGUUUGGUAGUAAUAUGAUUGUUCGCAGUUAAAAUAUUUUAAUAAAUAUGCAUUGUUUUGGAACAUCAAA